AUGAUAGACUUCGUCGCUAGACUCAUCACUCCCAUCAACAUCGGGACUCUUCCAAACGAGGUCAACAAGCGACGCCAUUUGAAAUGGGAUACGGGCACGCUGAAAGACUGUGUCAAUGAAUAUUUCGACGAGUCACCAGUACUGACAUUCGAGCGCCUGAGACUGCCGAAAGCCUUCGAUGCGUGGAGCCUUUGCAAGGUCGGAGGCAUCAAAAUUAGAUUCACGGAUAACCUCGCCGACCACCUGCUUCUGGUAGAAGACGAUGCGAUAGUCCUGAUUUUCCAUCACGUCACUUACCUGGAACAACAGGGGCAGAACUCACAGCUUCCACCUGGGCUAGCCGAAGAGACAAUUAAAACAAUCGCCCUGCUCUUCCCGCAAGCCGAAUAUGGCGGAUCGAAAAAGUCGACGCGCAAGAAACGAGCCUGGUUGAGCAAACUCUGCAAGAACCACGAAAACGAGUACGGGUGUCGCGUAGACGAAUGCGUGAACAGGUGCGGAGGGCUGCCAGCGAGUGAGCGCCAGAUCGAGAGAUUCAGGUUCUGGCGGGACAGGCUGGGCGUGCUCAAGCAGACUUACGAUGAGACGACGCCGAGCACGAUAUCCCAGUGGUGGCAUGACCGCCGCAACGGGCCGCAGUGGUUCACGUUCUGGGUUGCCGGUGUUGCGUUGGCUCUCGCCACGCUGGCACUGUUUCUGACGGUGGUGCAGGCAGUCGAAGGAGCUCUUCAGGUAUUCUUGGCCUAUAAUCCAAAGUCAUGA